UCGUUAUUCGUGCCAUCUUUUUUACUUUCAUUUUUUCUUUCACUACCUUCCAAUCGUACCCAACCAGUUCUAUCAUCAUCAUCAUCUUCUUCAUCUUUCUCUCUCUAACCCCCACCCCCUUCACUCUCACUUCCAACCCUAACAACUCACUUUUUCUAUAUCAGAGGUUAAAUAAAUCUAUACAUUAUAGAUUCUUUUAUGCAAUUCAUUCAACAAUGGUGGCCGGAAAAGUAAAGUUAGCUAUAGGAUUACAAAAAUCACCGUUGAAUUCCAAAACAGAAGUGCAUCAUUAUCCGCAGCAACGCCAUCAUUCAUCUCCGUCACCGUCACCGUCAACCGGUUCCAGUAACGGAGGUAAGUCAUCGCAAAAGAGUGCAGUGUUUUCACGGUCGUUUGGAGUGUACUUCCCACGCUCGUCGGCUCAGGUGCAGCCGAAGCCGCCUGACGUGGCGGAGCUGUUGCAGUUAGUGGAACAGUUGAGAGAACGCGAGUCGCGGUUACGAACGGAGUUACUUGAACAGAAAUUACUUAAAGAAUCCGUAGCGAUUUUACCGAUUCUUGAGAAUGAGAUCUUGAAGAAAGAUGCGGAGUUAAACCGCUCGUCAAAGAUGAUUCAGUGUUUGGAAGCGGAGAAUGAGAGGUUGAGACAAGAGGUUGAGAUAUUGCAUUUGGAAUUAACCGAACAGAAGCUAAAAUUGGAAAAAUUUGAAACGAGAACGAAGGCGUUGGAGGCACAACAGGCUGCUACAUCUAGUUCGCAACGGUUUCAGCAACAACUGAUAGAUAUAUCGGGUAAAUCUCAUACGACAAAAAGCCUGAAACGAGGCUAUACGAUAGCAAAUGCUGCUACUACAAGUAAUACAAGUGUUAAUGAUCCCAAAUGUUAUACAGAAUCGAACUCUAAAGAGUCGAUUCUGGUAGAAAUUGAUAAUCUACCGAGGCUUUCUCGGUGUGAUUCGUUAGAUAUGAAUUCAGAAUCUGUAAAUCGUUCUCGAGUUCCUAGGGUUCCGAAACCGCCUCCACGGCCGCUGACGUCAUCGUCGCCUGAGCAACAACCCCCGGUUCCUCCGCCUCCGCCGCCACCUCCGCCGGCGAUGGCGAAACUAGCUCAUCCGGCACCGCCGCCACCGCCUCCGCCGCCACCGAAAACCGCUAAAUCUGCAGCUCCGCCGCCGCCACCACCUCCGCCUAAAAGUGUAAAGCCGUUGCCGGCGAAGGUGAGGAGAGUACCGGAGGUAGUGGAGUUUUAUCAUUCUCUGAUGCGGAGAGAGUCUCGACGGGAAUCAUGUAACGGAUCUUCCACCGCCGAUGCACUGUCGUCAACCGCUAAUACACGUGAUAUGAUCGGAGAGAUUGAGAACCGGUCGACGCAUUUGCUCGCUAUAAAGACGGAUGUGGAAACACAAGGUGAUUUCAUAAGAUCUUUGAUAAAAGAAGUCGAGAAUGCAUCAUUUACGGACAUUGAGGAUGUUGUGCGCUUCGUAAAAUGGCUGGAUGACGAACUGUCUUACCUGGUUGACGAACGGGCGGUUCUUAAACACUUUGAAUGGCCUGAACGCAAAGCAGACGCGUUAAGAGAAGCUGCAUUCGGGUAUUGUGAUCUCAAGAAGCUUGAAUCGGAGGCAUCAUCGUUUCAUGAUGAUCCAAGACAGCCUUGUAGUUCUGCUCUCAAGAAAAUGCAAGGAUUGUUUGAGAAAUUAGAGCAUGGAGUGUAUAAUUUAUCAAGAAUGAGAGAAUCUGCUUCAACAAGAUACAAGGUGUUUCAGAUUCCAAUGUGUUGGAUGCAAGAAACAGGAUUUGUAGCUCAGAUCAAACUUGCAUCGGUUAAACUAGCAAUGAAGUACAUGAGAAGAGUAUCUGCAGAGCUCGAGAUAGUUAGCGGUCCAGAAGAAGAAGAGUUGAUAAUUCAAGGCGUACGGUUUGCAUUUCGCGUACAUCAGUUUGCUGGCGGAUUUGAUGUUGAAACGAUGAGGGCGUUCCAAGAGCUGCGUGAUAAAGUGACGACGUGCCAUGAGCAGUGCCAAAACCAGCAACAACAGAAGGUCUUGUGUAGGUCUACUGCUUUCUAAACAUUCUUUAUCUGUAAGCAAACUCAGCUUCACCAUUCGUUAACGGCCUCUUUUGAUGUAAAGGGACUAGUGUUUUUUUUUUUUUUUUUUUUU